GGACGUCUCCAUGUCUCCACAGGGAGGACCGUGUUUCUUGAUGCUCACUGUGUUCUGCACAGUCCUGGCUGCUGUGUGUCCAGCUGUGCCUCCAGAUGUUCUGUCUGCAGACGACGCUUCCUUCAUCGCCAAGAAACUGAUGAUGAAGUGUUCCUCUAAAGGAUACCCUGAGCCCACAAAGACGCAGCUCAACAGUGUUUUCAACAGCAGUAACCUGCCUGUGAAAAGCCCUGAUCAGACCAACACCUUCCUGUCCACGUUCCUACAAACCCUGGGCUCAGUCACCGGCUCCCAGAGACCUCCCUCAGCCGGUCCUGUUUCUGUCAAUCCCUUUGAACUAAUGAAAAACAACCUGUGGAACUGCAGUAAUCUCCCCACCAUGAUAAAGACGAUGAAGAACUUCUCUAACCCGUCUGUUUGUUACAUGGAGGCGUUCAUAGCUCCUCUGAGCUGGGCCGCUCUCACCUCACAGACUGAAAACUUUAUUAACUCCAGCGACUACGACACGCUGCUGGCAGCUGCCAAACCUGUGCUGGUGGAGGUUCCUUCAGCAAGAACAAAGCUGCCCACUAAAAUCCAGAGCCAGAACCUGAAGAAGAUAAACAAUGAGUGUCUGCAAACCAACACUGAAAUGGCUGGAUUUAGACGCACUGAACAUGAUUGGGCCUUACUCGUCCAGUUUACCACCCAACGAUCUGGACUCUGCCUCCAGUGAAACUCUUUGUGGCUUUUUCAGCUCCGGUCAGCUCAAAUCCAUCAUGAGCAAUGUUAGGAUUAACCCCGGCUUGGCCAAGACCUUCCUCCAAAAGAUUCAGCCGUGCCUCAGUGCAACCAACGUAGAUAAGAGGCUGAACUCCAUCGUUCAGGGCAUCACCUGUAAGAUGAUGGAUGAAGUUAACGGCACCGAUGCACUCGACAUGACCCAGGCCAUAGCAGAUAAUCCAGACUGGCUUUCCAAAGCUCAGGCUGGAUGUGCUGCACGCAAACUGUUCCAGAGUCUGGAGCAAGUCAGACCUGAUUAUUUCAAAAAACUGACUGAGCAGGAGCUGACUGCCAUUCCUGCACUGUUACUGAUUCACCUGCCACCAGGGAAGCUGCAGGGUUUACCUGACUCUGUGUGCCAGGUGUUCCUCAACAAAAUGGAAACAGCCAACCUGAGCUCCCUGCCUCUGCUGUCGCCGUCUCGUCGAGCACUGAGCCAGAGAGCUGUGCUGUGCCUGACUAUAGGGAAGAAUCUGUCUGAUCUGAGCAGCGCAGACGUGUCGAGGCUCGGCCCACUCCUGUGUGAGGUGAAGCCCUCCGACCUGGCUCUGCUGGACCCUCAGGUGGUCCCGUUCAGCCUGCAGGCCAUGGCGUCCUGCCGCCACGUUCCCCAACAAAACAGAGCGGACCUCGUUCAGCUGCUCGUCAAGACGUUCGGGAGCCCCUCUAACUGGACCGCUGACACCGUGGAGCUGCUGGGACCCCUGCUUCUCCUGGACGACAGUGCUGUGGCUGCUCUGCCCAACCAGCCCUGGUUGAAGGACGUCCUGCUCUUCCUGAAGCCACGCCUCAGCAGCGCUUCAGACGCUUUCAGGAGGAAGUGUUUUGAGCUGUCCACCAACACCACCAUAACCCCACCAUCAAACCCAGCACGUAGAAGGAGAGCAGCUGUGAGCAGCAGUUCCAUCAGCACCACAGAACCCAGUCCAGCACAGAUCCAAGAACUGGGCCUGGAUAAUGUGUACUGGACAGCAGCACAGCUGGACAUGAUGUCCAACAGCACAUUUCAGACCACGGUGGAAGUCCUCGGCUCAGUCAGCGGCUACACUUCUGACCAGCUGGAUGUGCUCCAAAAGAAAGCAGUGAAGGCCUUCGGCCCCGUGUCACAGAUGUCUGAAGGAGUUGUGGUGCAGCUGGGCUGCAUCACUCAGGGCUUCAGUAACUCAGAUCUGGAGACCCUUCAGCUGCCUCUGGACAGUCUGGAUGACAUCGCCAACUGUGGCUGGAAAGAUUCACAGAUACCAUCGAUGUGGAAAGGCGUGGCUAAAUACAACAACCUGACGGCGGGGCUGCUGGGAGCUGCAGAGCUGGUGGGUCUGAACCGGUUCCUCUGUGGCCUGAACUCCAGUGAGAUCCUUCAGCUCAGCGUGGACGCCUUCAGGGAUGCAGUGGGCUCAAUGAGUGGUCUUCAGUGCCCCACUGUGGUCCUACAGCAGCUCAAACAACUGGCUGUGAGUGUGUUUGGAAGUGUGAACACCUGGACUGAAGCACAGGUGUCUGCCCUGAACAGCAUCAUGGCUGGACUGAAUGCUGCUGAGAUGUCCUCCCUGGACCCGUCUGUCUUCUCCUUCUUCAACAAGUCCUGUAUUUCACAGAUCCCCCCGCAGGUCUUUGCUGCGCUGUCUGCUGCUCAGCUGGAGGCCCUCGGGCCUGACAACGCUGCCAUGGUGACCCACGAUCAGCGAGCAGCUCUAACACCUGACCAGGUGUCCGUCCUGAACAGGGCGGAGUCUGGAGCAGUGGGUCAGGACGGGCAGCAGAGCCAGCCCGUCGGGUCCGGAGCUCCGGAGCUGAGGGAGAUCUGCACCUUCAUGAAGCUCGUUCUGUUUCUCCUCAUCGCUCUUUUCCUGUGAGAACAGAAUCGUCACUUCCUGCUGCGAAAACAAGACAAACUUCAGUUUUCUGCAGAGCACUGACUGCGAGCUGAAAACACAUUUCUUCUUUUUUUUGAGUUGAAGACAUAAAACCCUGUUGAAAGUAGUAGCUACACUUUACACAUGAUCUAAGAUGAUUGCUCUAUUUUAUUGUAUGUUGAUAAGAGUUUAUUUUAAUAGAAAGAUGGAGGUUUAUUGUUAUAAAUUGUUGCUUUUAUGAAUACACUGUGCUGAUGUGAUGCAGGAUCAAUCAAAUGAACUCAAAGAUUAUUAAUAAAAUAAGACAAGAAGA